AUGGCCAGAGAUAUACUUUGGAAUGGUAAAGGCUCUGUCAGCGAGUAUGCUCUAAAAUUGACUGGAUGUUCAUCAAUGCUGAAGCAUGAACAAUUUCUGAAGGUGGUUGAAGCAGGAUGGAACAUACAGAUAGAUGGUUGCAAGAUGUUUCAGGUGGUAAGGAAAAUGAAGAUGCUAAAAAGAGAAUUGAGGAAGCUAAAUACUCAAAGCUUCAGGAACAUAGUAUCUGAAGCUAAUGAGGAUAGAACUGCAUUGCAGAAUACUCAAGAGCAACUUCAUCUUGAUCCAGAUAACCUUGAAUUACAACAAACUGGAAGGGAGAAAUAUCAGAAACUCAGAAAAUCUUCUUACUUAGCAGAAAUUUAUUUGAAGUUGAAACAAGCCAUCACACAGCUGAAUGAUGCUGCAGGAUGUAUGCAAACAGAACAGAAAAACAUAGCCAAGAUCGUUGUGCAGUACUAUGAAGACCUUUUAGGGAAAACAUGUGAAGAAAGAGUGAACACCUUCAGAGGAUUCCUCAAUAAUGGGCCCCUGUUGACAAUUGACCAGCUACUAAGGAUUUUGGAACCUUUCACCAUUGAGGAGGUGAAGAAGGCAGUGUUCAGUAUUGAUAUCAAUAAGAGUCCUGGGCCAGAUAGUUAUGGGAGUGGCUUCUACAGAGCUGCAUGGAGGGUCAUAAGCAAGGAUAUCACUGAGGCAGUACUGGAGUUCUUUCAAACUGGACAACUGCUGAAGCAAAUCAAUGCCACCAAUAUUUCCCUUAUACCAAAG